UAAAAACCAAAACAAAAUAAACACGAAUAUCUCUCCAACUCUGACCGUUCAGUUCGCCCGUUUCUAUUUCUCUGCAACUCUCAACAACCACCAUAAAACUGUGACUCCACUGAACACACUCCCUCUUCGUUUGCAUCACCUUCCAAACGACAGCGUUCAAGAUAUGAGGAUGCUUUCCGAGGACGGUGAAGUUAGCGGUGAUGGGAAGGUGGGGCCGCUGGUUGUUGUAGGAGUGAAGUUUGAUGCCGAGAGUCGGGAGUUGCUGACGUGGGCACUGGUCAAAGUAGCUCGGCCUGGUGACCGUAUCGUUGCUCUUCAUGUUCUUGAUAGAGUCACUGAGAGUACCUGUUCGCUGAUAUCUUUAGUGAAGACUUUUGAUUCUAUGCUCUCUGUCUAUGAAGGUUUCUGCAACUUAAAGCAGGUUGAUUUGAACCUGAAAGUGUGUAGAGGGACAUCAGUGAAGCGAAUUCUGGUAAGAGAAGCGAAAUCAUAUGGUGCGGCUAAGCUAAUUGUGGGGACUUCAAAGGCUCAUCAUCCAAUUCGCUCAUCGGCCUAUGUUGCUAAGUACUGUGCAAAAAAAUUACCAAAAAGUUUCUGGGUUUUUGCUGUUGAUAAUGGCAAAAUAUUGUUCCAGAGAGAAGGAAAUUAUACUGAAAUGGAUAGUUUGCAAGAUGGUAAUCAACAGAAAGAUCGAUCAGUUCAUACAUCGUUAAGUGAGAAGGUGAAAGUUUUAAUUGAUGAAAAUGUUGAAGAGAAAUCUUGUAAACAAUGUCGAGGCUUCUUGUAUAAAUCAGGUUCACGUUUUAAGAAGAGAACCCUGAAUAAGAAUUGUACUUCUUCUGAUUCAAAGACAAGUUGGGCUGAGGAGUCCUUGGGGGAUAGCAAUGAGGAUAAUUCAUUGGCAUUGGUACCUUAUCAAAGCAAUGAGGUAGCUAUGAGUUUGAAUUCCUUGGCUGUUCAAGAAUUGCCUCAGUCGAAACAGGGUUGGUCAUUGCUUCAUCGUGUGUUUUUCCCCAAACAGCAGCACUUGGAGAAAUCUUCUGAGAACAAGACAUCUUUGAUUCAGUGGGUACUGAGACUUCCAAGCCAGUAUACUUCUGCUGUUGUCUAUCCUGAUCAUAGACAGAGUCAGUCUGUUAGCACAGAUGAGGUUCCUCAUUCUAUGUUGGAUGGGGAAAGUGGUGCGAUUGUGCCUUUUAAUAAUGAGGCUACCCCUCUUCUUUCACUAUUUCAUGGAUUUCCUAAAGAGUUGGAUAAUUUACAGGAGAGAUUCUCAUCCACAUGUAGAUUGUUCAGCUACAAGGAACUUUUGUUGGCUACAUCUGAUUUCCAUCCUGAUAAUAUGGUUGGUAAAGGUGGGCAUAGUUAUGUUUAUAGAGGGUCUCUUCCAGACGGCAAGGAAGUAGCUGUGAAAAUCUUGAAGCCAUCAGAGGAUGUGUUGAGAGAGUUUGUUUCAGAGAUUGAGAUAAUUACAUCUUUACACAACAAGAAUAUAAUCUCCUUAUUUGGAUUCUGUUCUGAGGACAAUAAAUUAUUCUUGGUUUAUGAUUUCCUGUCAAGAGGAAGCCUCGAAGAAAGCCUUCAUGGUAAUAAGAAGGAUGCGAAAGAAUUUGGUUGGAAUGAGAGAUAUAAGGUGGCCGUGGGUGUAGCUGAGGCACUGGACUAUCUACACAAUAGUUGUGACCAACCAGUCGUUCACAAGGAUGUGAAAUCUUCUAACAUUCUUCUAUUGGAUGAUUUUGAACCACAGCUGUCUGAUUUUGGACUUGCCAGCUGGGCUUCAGCUUCCUUGCCGUAUUUAAGUUGUACAGAUGUUGCAGGAACCUUUGGUUACUUGGCCCCGGAAUAUUUCAUGCAUGGAAAAGUGAGUGACAAAAUUGAUGUCUAUGCUUUUGGUGUUGUGCUUCUGGAGCUUCUUUCUGGUAGAAAGCCGAUUAACAGAGAAAACUCAAGGGGUGAGGAAAGCCUUGUUAUGUGGGCUAAACCGAUUCUGAAGAUUGGCAAGUUUUCACAAUUGCUGGAUCCAAGUUUAGACCAAGAUUUUGAUAAUGAUCAGAUUGAGAGAAUGGUUUUGGCUGCAACACUAUGCAUCAUAAGAGCUCCCACUCUUAGGCCUCAAAUUAACCUUGUUUUGAAACUCCUUCAAGGGAAUGAACAAGCAACAAUUUGGGCAAGGCAACAAGUUGGUGCACUAGAAGAGCUUGAUGUCAUUGAUGGUGAAGCAUUUCCUAAUAAUAUCCAAUCCCAUCUGAACCUUGCCCUUCUAGAUGUGGAUGACUAUACACUUUCUAUCGGUAGCACUGAGCAAACUGUGUCAAUAGAAGAUUACUUGCAAGGGAGAUGGAGUCGAACAUCUAGCUUCGACUAGGCAAAAUUUUGGUUUAAUCCCACUGUUUGUGUGUACAUUCCUUUCAGUUGGUUAAGUCUUUAGAAAUUUUUUGUUUAAUGACAGAAACAGGGUCUUGAAUGUGAGGUCUUUUGGAAGUGUUUUGCCCCCUCCCUGACUUAGAAGGCAGUGUUGCAGUCAAUGUAUCGGUGGAGUGGUUUUGAUCUCCAUCAGAACAUAAUCUUUCAGCAGGGAUAAUAACACAAGGUUUUCCACGAACUGCAACUGAAGUGGGCGGCUAAUAAUGAGCUAGAAGCAUUUAGUGUCUUGAUGAAAUUGUAAAAUGUUUAGUUUAAGUUAUUUUUCAGUUUUGACAAAAGUAUGUAUAGAACGUAGCCAGAAUUAAUCUCAAUGAGCUUCUCUCUGGGAGUUUCAUUGUGUUUUCUUUAAUGAGAUUACUUUUUCACAA